AUGGUGGCAGCCUCGCCUCCCUCCCUCCACCUCGCCCUCCUCCUCUUUGCAGCCCACGCGGCCGUCGGCGGCGCCGCGGGGGCGGUCGGGGUGAGCGAAGGCGGGCAGCUGUGGUGCGUGGCGAAGAACAACGCCGAGGACGGCGCGCUGCAGUCGGCCAUCGACUGGGCCUGCGGCCCCAACGGCGGCGCCGACUGCCGUGCCAUCCAGCAGGGCGGCGCCUGCUACGAGCCGCCCGACCUCCUGGCGCACGCCUCCUACGCCUUCAACGACUACUUCCUCCGAUCCGGCGGCGCCGCCAGCCCCGCCGCCUGCGACUUCUCCGGCGCCGCCGCGCUCAUCGGCCUCAACCCUAAUGUUGGAUUAAUGCUAUGGAGUUGUAACACCGUGGUGUCGGUGCUGCCGCCGGCAUUUGUUUUUGCAGGUCAUGGGAACUGCGUGUUUCCUUCCAGUUCAUCCCCCAGAAAUGGCAGCUUCACGGGAAUAACAACCUAUGGUCGCACCGGUGCAGAUUUAAGCCAAAGUUCUUCAUGGCGACUCGACACCCGGUCAUUUAUUUUGUGCAUGUCUCUGUCUGUAACAUUUUUUGUUGCCUCGCAUUUCUGA